AUAUCAGAUGUGUUCGAUAUCGGGUUUCUUUCCAUACUUAGCAACACGACGUCACACUUCUACCGGGGCUUCCGAAACGGGCAGCAGACUUCAGUGCAGUGUUACAGUAACUUAUAUAGGAGGAGCGCACGUGAACAAGAACCCCAUACACCACGGUCACCUGGCGUGUCCACGAUGAAGGUAUUAGAUUUGAGUACGGCGGCCCUGAGGGACUAUGAGAUGGGUAACUAUGACAGUGCCAUACAGCUGUACACAAGCCUCAUGGAGGACGAACCAGAAUGUUCCUACCACCUCGUUAACAGAGCCAAGUGUUACCUCCAACAGGCCAACUAUACCAAGGUCGUAGAGGACAUCAAGACGGCGCUCGACAUCGACCCAAAAAACGUAGAGGGCGCCAUCACCGGGGGACGGGCCUCCACCAAGCUCGGCAAGUAUGAAGAUGCGUAUCAUUUCUACAAGGCAGGUCUCGACACGGACCCUAAAAGUGUCGUUAUUACGGAAGAUCUGAAAAAACUGCAGCAGGUCAUCUUGGAUGACUACGAUAAGAUGGGUGGCGAGUCGGAUGAACAAGGCUAUGACGCUGUAAACUUCUGUGGGCAAGACUCCUACCCCGGGGACGAUGUGUUGCUAAGGAAAGAAUAUGAAUCUUUAGAACGGAAGUAUGACAUGGAGAAGGACAUACCCGCUCCUCCCCCGGAUUCCCUUAGGUCUGAGAAAGCAGGCAGGAUAGCUGUAGAAGCACACAGAGCAAUGAUGGCGGGAAAGUUUCCCGAGGCGUUGCAAUUCUUUACCCUUGCAGUGGAACUGGAACCAGCUAAUAAGGUUCUGCGACGACUUAGGGCAGAGGUGCGCUUCCUGAAUGAGGACCUGGUGGGCGCCAUUCAAGACCUGUGGCUGAUCCCCAAGGGAGAGCGGACGGCUGAUUCAUGGAAGUUAGGAGGUAAAGUUCUUGGUCAGAUUGGUUACCCGAUAGCGGCCGAGUUUUGGCUGAGGAAGGCUUAUACACUUUCGGAGAAGAAGGACCAAGAAGCUGCCAUUAUCUUCCAGAAGGUGCGUACCAGUCGCAUAUACAGCCCAAUGACCACAGAUUUUCCAGUAACCGUGGACUUUUCCGGAUACGGUCGUGGCAUAUACGCCAAACGUGACAUUCCCGAAGGGGAGGUCAUAUUCGAGGAUUCGCCCGCGGUAUUCGGCCGGGUGAUGGAAAAGGACGUGGAAGAGAUGAUUCCCGCUUGCGACUACUGUUCCCAGUCGCUGCUAACGGCACGUAGAUAUUUUGGAGCAAAAUUGGAUACGUUCGACACGAGUGUUCAGGAGCUGAUUGAGCGCCAAUGGCCGGACGUGACACCCGUCAUGUGUGACAAAUGUAACAUCGUAACAUUCUGUACGGACACAUGCAAAGAACGUGCGUGGGAAGAAUACCACCAGCUUAUCUGUCCUGCCAGGUGUGCUGCUACCAAAACCCUGUACGAGGUGGCCGACAACUAUGGCUACGGAUACAACGAGAAAGGCGAGAAAGUCAAUCUAUGGCUUGCAUCAUUCAGUCCAAUUAUACUUGCGCGAAUGUGGGCGCAGAUAGUGACGGAGGCCAAACGACUCGUGAAGAAGGAUGGCUGUACGCAACCUACUAUUGAACACUGGGCCAAAGCAAAGGCCCCUUUCAGGAAAUUCAUCGCAUUCGGUGCGGGUGACGUUUCAUCGAAGAUGUCGACGGUCCUACAGCUGUUUCGCGACAUCUUCAGCGACUGUGGUGACGGCGUCAAGUAUGAGAUUACUGACGGUGAGUUCACAGGACGGUAUUACCAGGCCUCCUGUAACCUCCAAAGCUUCUCCUUCCCAGUGACGCCCUACCACCAGUUCAUCAACCGGCUGUCAAAAGUCGACGUACAGGACAUGCGAGUCCUGGCUCUAUUGAAACCACUCGAGGCUAAGACACCAACAGCAAACUUUUGUGGUAUUUUCUCGCUCCACGCGUGUCUGAAUCAUUCGUGCAUAAACAACGUCGAGGUGUGCGACGGUUACGUCAACGAUCGCGGAGGCGUGAUAGUUCGCGCCAAAAGAGACAUCACGAAAGGGGAGGAGCUUUACACUACCUAUAUUGAUACGUCGAUGCCCCGUAAGCUUAGGAGGGCGUGGUUAUACAAAUCAUUCAACUUCUGGUGUCACUGUCCGCGCUGUGUACAUGAAGGGGACGACCCUUACGUCUGUACGACCUGCCAUAAAAAAUCCACGGACGGCGAGGCGUUCAGGGGAUGUGGCAACUGUAAAAAGGCCUGGUACUGUACAGUAGAAUGUCAACGUAAGUCAUGGAACCAGGGACACAAAGAGGUGUGUCAAAUCAAGCACUCAGACACCUCGUAAGGCGUAACCGCUCUGACAAAACAGUCAAGACAUAUGUAGACCUUCGUGCUCCAACUAAGCACUAGUAUCAGAGAAUGAUGCUACUGGCGAUAGUAUGUAAAGCGUCCAUUAGAGUUCACGUGUGUUGUAUGACGAUGAAAGCAUGAACGCCCAUGAAAGGAGAGCGAUUUAACAUUUGAAGUGUUCCAUUUUCCGAAAACAAUCAUGUAAGCCAGGAUUGAUGCAUUUAUUUAACUAUGGCAACAUGUGAAAGUAAUUUGUGCCGUGCGAUAUUAAGAAAACGUCGGGACGAGUUUGGUGCAGUGAGGAUGUGUUGUAUGUUUACAUAUAUAAUGUACUAUACUUGGGUACAAUAGCAUUGUUUUGCAUGUUGUAUGAAUUAUUGUAUAGACAAUGCUCAUAAGUCGUGCUGUAUAAAAUAUUGUAUUGACAAUGCUCACAAGUCGGACUUGUGACCAAAUCAGUUUACGUCCUUUUACACUUUUUUAGCAUCGGCUCGAGUCGUGUUUAGGUAUACACCAAACAAUAUCAGUUUACAUGCGAUUUUUCCUCAUCAAUAUCCCAUAUACUGACUCAAUCUUUUUUCUUGAGAUUGCUCAAUAGUCAUUGUCAUCAUCUGAACAGUUCAUCCAUCAACGGUGACCCUGCCGGUAAACUUCACGGCGCUCAAUACUUGCUCGGGAGAUGCCAUGUUCUGGGUUUGCUCAGCGGACCGUGAGAGUAUUUUUGUAUAUAUUUUGUGUAUUUGGUCAAUUUUCAACAAGACAUUUGUUUUCGUCCCUCUUCCCUCCCCAUCCAUUCCAGACAGUAUGCUAUUCUCCCCGUGUGAUUUACAAAUGGCAAUUCUUUUAUUAUAAUUAUUCAAACAGUUUACUGUAGAUUAGGAGACGUUAUACGAGCUGUCUCCGGUUAUUUACAUCUGUAUCGAAACAAAUCAACAUUGCAUUAAUCACUUAGUUUUACCGGUGUUAAGGCCAUGUCCGGUGAUAAGCCCAUCGUCUGGUUUAACGACAAUGGCCAUGUCCAGAGAAAGUGUUCACAAAUCAAUAUUAGGAGAAUAAACCAAACGUGCUCAUUUACCUCCGUAGACACUACAACAACCCGUGGGUUUAUAAAGGUAAAAUGGGAUGCUCCAGCAUCAAUUGUGUUCUACCUAUCCUUUCGUGCUGGCUUCUGUUUUAAAUCUACUGGUAACUUGGUUUUUAUUAAUUUUCGGUAUUGCAGCAACUAAGCCAAUGUUUUUGGCUUUAACUCACUUGUUGUCAAUGGCAAAAUAAACGUACAAAAUACAGCACCUUAACAGCAAUCUUGCUACGGGGUGGAACCAACGUUGGGCUAUCUCGUUACUUAUUUACAGCAUAAUCGGGACCUGAAUAUUUAUUUUUACACAUAAUUAGAAACGACCGUUCAAAUAAUCGACAUCCGUGGUGAAAUAAAUGUUUCCUAAUUGAAGCAUUUAUAUGAAAUGAAAGGCGAUUCAUAUAUUUAAUGAAUUCAAAUGCCUGUGGUCAAUUGUACUUUACCCUGCACCAUGUGUAUACACAAUUUAGCAUUCCUUCCUUCCCCAACACCAGACCUCGUAGCUUAGUCCCAAUUUUAUAACUUAUUUUAUUUAUUUAAUCUUAUUUUAAUUUAUUCACUGAAAUAUGUACCAUAUCCCGUGUUUUUUUACACUGUGAUGACCAUGUAGACUAAUUUGAAUUUCGGAAUGAAAUAAAUGAUUAUUAUUAUA